AUGGAAGGAACAUCAUUGGCUUUAGGCGCACCAAUUCUUCCAAGCUUUAUGCCAGCAUCUCUGGGAAUUACGAACGACUCAACUGAUUUAUGGACACGUGCCACAAACCUUUUAUUCACGGUCCUCUCAUGGUACUUCCAAGGACGAAGCGCUAAUGCUGCAGAUCGAGUGAUGAGAGAGAAACUAGGGCCCACUGCCACUCCAGUAUGGGACGUAGUUUCAAAUAUGUCAUGGGUGCUUGUCAAUUCCGAACCACUAAUGGAUUUCGACAAACCUACACUGCACAAAAUUGUAGACGUCGGAGGCCUUGGAGUGCACGAGCCGAAGCCACUUACUGAAAAAUGGAAUCGCAUUCUCAGUCUAAGGAACCGUACCAUUCUCAUCUCGUUUGGCACUGUAGCGCAAAGCAAGUUCAUGCCCGACUCAAUGAAGAGGGCUAUCAUUGAUGUGGUCAAGUCUUACCCCGAUAUUACGUUCAUCUGGAAGUAUGAAGAUCCAGACAACGAGAUGUUUGGAGGAAUAGAUAAUCUGUUUCCUUCAAAAUGGACGCCACAAAGCUGCUUAUUAGCCGACAAACGUCUGACACUUUUCAUCACACAUGGUGGUGCUGGAAGUAUGAUGGAGAGCGCUCAUCGCGCGAAGCCCCUGGUCGUGGUUCCCUUGUUUGGCGAUCAAACGAGAAAUGCGAAACUUAUCGAGAAGUUUGGUUAUGGUGUUCCUCUGGAUAAAGCUCACCUUCACGACAGCAACCUGCUGCGUAGCGCAAUCGAACGGAUUCUCGCCGAUUCUAAAUAUCAAAAAGCAGCCAAUCGGAUAAGCCAGCUGCUGUCGCGACGUCCAUUCAGUCCAGAGGAGAAACUCGUGAAAACCGUUGAGCUCGCUGCCGAAUUCGGAGAUCUCCCUGAGACCAAAACGGCUGGAAGAAGCCUUGGAUUUGUCGCCUAUCACAACCUCGAUUUAAUUUUUAUUUUGGCAGCGACGUUCGUCGCAUUCAUACUUUUUGUUUUAUACGUUAUUCUCCGGUUACUGAAGUGUAAUUCUUUAGCACGGAAAUUGAAAUCUCAGUGA